CCUCCCUCCCAUGCUGGCUCCUGUAAACCACAACUUUUCUCAUGCCCUCCUCCACCUCCCCCCUGACGCUCGAGCGCAUUCUGCUCGCCGUCGCAGCCAUAGUCAUAUCCUUCCUAUGGCGCACUUCCCAACCUACCCCUGAAACCUCGUCACUCACGUGCCCAGAGCCUCCCAGGAGCACCAUACAAAGUGCUCCAAAUUCCCAGCAGCACGAAAGCUCCCUCGAUUCCGAGUGCGCCGGGAAGCCUCACCAUGCGAGUUGGACGUCGUGGUGGCAUCCAGAGCGCGUGUUACAUAGCCCGAAGCAUGUCUCGGAGCUGAGCGCAGGGACGCGGACGAAAGAUUGGAAUAUUUUGUAUCAUUUGGGAGGGUAUGGGCCGUGGAUUGGGAAAGUGGAUAAUGUGGUUGAGGGGGGAGUGGCGCCGCCGGAGGGGUGUAGGGUUGAGCAGGUGCAUAUGAUGUCUAGGCAUGCAGAAAGGUAUCCUACUGUGAAGGCUGCUACAAGAAUGAGACGCAUGGUCGAGAAGAUGAAGAGCAGUGAUGUCAGAUUCACCGGCAGUCUGGCCUUCGUCCACGACUGGGAAUUGUUCUGGUCCGACGACGCCCAACUCGCCCACCUCACCACCACAGGCCCAUUCUCCGGCACCCUCGGCGCCUUCACCACCGGCGUCCGCCUCCGCACACGCUACUCCCACCUCCUCCCCAAAUCCCCCUCUCGUCCCACCAAGCUCUGGGCCAGCGACUCCCCGCGCGUCAUCGACACGGCGCGCUACUUCUCCGCCGGCUUCUUCGGCCUCGAUUCUCAGAAUUCCUCAUUAGCAAAAAUUGAAGUGAUUUCCGAGGGCCCCGAGCGUGGCGCCGACACCCUUACUCCCGGUGAUACUUGUCCCAAGUACAUCGAGGACGAAGAGGAAGGGUGGGCUAAAGGGUGGAAAAGCAUGCACGCGUACCGCCGUACCUAUUUCCCCGUCAUCCGCUCGCGACUCCGGCAGCAGAAUCCGGGGAUGGCGAUAGAGUUCGACGACGAUGAAUUGUAUGCCAUGCAGGAGAUGUGCGGGUUCGAGACGACGGUCAGGGGAAGUAGUCUGUGGUGCGAUGUCUUCACGCAGCAGGAUUUCCUGCACUUCGAGUACGCGAGGGAUGUGCAUCAUUACUAUCGGGCGGGGCCGGGGACGAAGUAUGGUGCGGGUUUGGGGUGGUUGUGGUUGAAUGCUACGGCGAAUUUGAUGCUCGAGGGGAAGGAGGUUGGGAGGUUGUUUUUCAGUUUUGUCCACGACGACGACAUGGCGCCCAUGAUCGCCGCUCUCGACAUCAUCACUCCCAAGGAACAUCUCCCGCUUACACACAUACCCAAGGAUAGGAUCUGGCGCAAGUCGCAGGUCUCGCCCAUGGGCGGACGUAUCAUCUUUGAAGUGAUAUCUUGCGACUCCGAGUCCCGAGGGUGGCUAGGGGGCCGAGACCGUUUCGUCAGAGUCAAUAUCAAUGACGGCAUCACUGCGCUGCCGGGAUGUGACACUGGGCCUGGAAUGAGCUGCAGACUGUCUGCCUUUGCGGCGAGGGUGGCGAGGAAGGGGGUUGAGGUGGGGAACUUUCGGGAGAUGUGUGGGUUAGGGCGCGAUGCUCCUGAGAGGAUUACCUUCCUGCGACAGUGAGGACUGGACGGGAUGCCAGAA